GGAAGUUUACACUCUUUGAAUGGUAUCACGUGCAUAUUCAAUGUUUUGUUUCUCAGUAGUUGUGGCAUGGUAAAAGACUAAUAUGGAGAAAUGGAUUCAAACACAUCAAAUGUUUGGCUUGUUUUAAAACUGGCCAUCAAAACUCUGUCAUCUUCCAGGGACAGGAGCGAAGUUAUAGAUGCCCUUAAAACCAUAAAGCGUUUCUUGGGUGGAACUGAAAAUCCAGUGCCUGUGAAAGAGAGAGAGGAGUUUGCAGAAACCCACUUUUCCCGAUUCUUGCAGUUCCUUGCAGCUAACUUGAACAGAGAUUGGUUGGAGUUGCUGACAACUGAUGAGCAGAAGGAAUUUUUGGAUGCGUUAUUUCUUCAAGGACCAGCUGACCAAGCUUUUCUGGUGCUGCUAGAUGCCAUUAUAUCUGCAAGCCACAGUCCCAGUUUCUCUUUGAUGAAAUGUUCCUGCAUUCUCGAGAUGUUUCUCCGGCAUGGCAGAAUGAUUGAAUUGUUAUGGGAGGUCUGCCAGAAACCUGCUAAGUCAGACUUGCUCCUAUGGGACAUGUUGCUUACCAAAAUCAUCUCUGUGCCAGAUCACUUGGCAAACAAACUUAAGCAGGACAACAAGGCCAUCUUCUACCCACAGAACUAUUUUCCUCUUCUUGGUGAAGCAGUAGUGAAGGUAUUGCAGAAAAUAUGGGAGGCCCUCAGAGGCGAAAAAGAUUGUUCUGUCACAUUUAUAUCUCGUCUCCUGGGAAAAAUCUGCAUUCAAGGACAUGGAGAGGCCGUUUUGAGUGUCCUGGUACCCCAUUUGGCAACUUCUACACAGUCUGAUUUUAUCUGGCAGAGAAUCUGUUGGCGGCUGGUGGAAAACAUUCCAGAUAGAUGGCUAGAAGGGGUAAUUUCUGGGUUGGUUCAAAUGGUACCUGGCCCAGAAGCACUGUCUCAACUACUUGGGAACCUGGCAUCCAAGAACAAGAAAGCACAUUUUGUACUGACACAGAAGCUGCUUCUUCUGCAGUAUAAACACAAGACUUCAGUUUUACAUAAUACUUUGGGAUAUUUCGCUAUGGACCAUAGUCGACGACCUCUGCUAAUCCAGGUUUUGAAGGAUCUUCUUGGAACAUGGGGUAACAGCAGUGCAGUGAAACAUUCUCCAGUUGAACAGCAGGUUUAUGUCAGCAAGGCCAUUUUGAUCUCCUUAGCCCACCUAAAGGAUGAAGAAGUAAAAGAGCAUAGACAAGCAUUGAUUACUUUAGUGAUGGAGGGGGUUCAGUGCCACUUGGAUAACAACAUCCCACGGAUUCGCAGACUUGGAAUGAUUGUAGCUGAAUGUGUUAGUUCUAGGAUAGACCCUGGAGGAAAACAACUAAAAUUUCAGUAUGAAGAGGAUGAAGAAACCAAGGAACUUCUUUCCCUGCUGACCUUGCCUUCAUCGCAGUCAGAAAAGGUGUCUUCUCAGGACUCACGAACAGUGCAUACUUCCACACUGCCAGAGAUCGAUAAGAAAGAAGAUGAACAGCCUUCUGCAAAACAUCAGCCACUGAAGACAGAAGGAUCUGAUUCUGAGCUUGACAGUGAUGAUGACUUAACUCCUUACGACAUGUCUGGUGAUAAAGAGCUAAAAAAGUCUAAAGCUCCAGCCUAUGUCAUUGAUUGCAUUGAAGCUCUUGUAACAUCAGAAGACCCUGAUAAAAUAGAAGCAACUCUUACCAUUUUGGAGAGCAUGAUCAGAAAGAAUACAGCUGCUGUGAAAGAGGUCAGCAUAGAGCUUGCCAAAGUGUUGAUUCACCUGGAAGACAAAUUUAGUAUUGAUGGUUUUCUGAGAUUACGACAGAGAGCAAUGGUUGCAGUUACUGUGGUGGACACAAUUGAUGUGACCCAGUACCUGACUACUGAAUUUUAUGCUGUUAACUACAGUGUGCGACAGCGCUUGGAUAUGCUGGAUGUACUUGUACUGGCUGCUCAAGAACUUUCACAGCCAGCUUCACCCACUGGAUUACAGACUCCUACAGAUGAAAGUCGGACACAACCUUGUAUUCAGCUUAUCUGUUCAACAAAUACAGAUUCUUAUACCAGCAGCAAGACACAGCAUUGGAGAAAAGUCAUUGAGCAGAGAAUAGAAAGCAAGACUCGUCGUUUUAGCAAGGGACCUCUUAGACCACAGCCAGUAGCUAUGCCAAGUCGAUUUAAUUCUGUGGCAGGUUAUUUCUUUUUUCCUCUCAUUAGGAAUUAUGACAGACCACAGGCGACUUUUGACCUUCUUGGAAAUGAUCACUUCUUACUUGGAAGGCUGGUGCAUACCUUGGCUGUACUUAUGAUGUUUGCAAUCAACACAACGAUUGCCAUCCAAAUGGGAAAAGUUUUACUGGAUUUCAUUUGGGCUUUACGGUACCAUUCUGACAGGUAUGUGCGGCAGAGCAUUUUGUUCUGUGUUUCCUCAGUGCUGCUGAGUGUACCAAGUGAUUGCCUACUGGUGGACAUGUCAGACGAAUUGAUAGAAGCAAGAUCUUGGCUGACAGAGUUGACUGAGAAGGACCCCGAUGAAGACUGUCGGAGUCUGGCAUUACAGAACUUGGUUUUAAUGGAGAACAUUAGAAAGAAGAUUGAACCCGCCAGCCUUACACCAUUAUAAAUAGCUCAAUGUGUAAGCCUUGUAUAAAUGAACAAACCACUGACAAUGUGAACCUGUUACAUGCUAACAUAUUUUUUUUUUGUGCUAAAAUAUUUAUUAUACAACUUCAUAAGGAGCCAAGCCAUGUAUCAAAUAGCCAGUUGCAUAGAUGCAUUUUUCAUAGAAACUUAUAAAGCAACAUUCAUAGUUCACCAGCGCAAUUAAUCAGUUCCUAAAUCACACUACAUAGGAAACAAGGAACAUUUCCAUUCACGUAGUGUUAUAACGGUUCUGAUGAAAUGGCUAAAAUUCUCCACUCACACACCUAACAUUCAGCAAAGUGGACUGUUUUACUGUCUAGACUGCCUGGGAAUUGUUUUCAAAUUAGUCAGCUGAAAAGUAGUAGUCUUUGGUGUUUCAUUGAACGUGUUUGGUUCCUGAGAAAUGGGAUUUGAGAGGAAUCAUCUCCAAGGAGAGUUGGAUAGAGUUUCCUGAAAACUGCACAGUGGAUUUAUCCUUUGCAACAGAUAAAAUGAAUUCCGUUGUAAAUGCAUGUACUUUUUUAUCCAAAAACAAGUUUAGGUGUGUGUGUACAUGUUUAUAUGUAUAUGAGAAGCUGUUUCUAUCAUCUAGGAGAAAUGUAUAGACAGACUGCUGCAGCCAAGCAACACAGUUGAAGUGCUUACUGGUUUUCAUGUUGUCUGUCAUAAGUUUAUGGGAGAUGGAUGAAAGCUCCUUCCCCCAGUUUAAUUAAUAAAAUAGUUAUUUGCAGUCAUCAAAUGUUUUUCCCGGAAUCAGUGACUCCCAUAUGAUACAGUGCCACAUUAGAUGCCAUUGUCUUUGUAACUUAAAUCCAGGAAAGGCUAAUCUUGUGUCAAGGUCCUUGCGUCAUGCUAAUAAGUCAGUUGUGGAACAAUUAGAUAGUAGGGAAAAAUUUUGAAUUCCCACCCUGCUUAUGACUCCCUUUUCCUUUUCAUUCCGUCAUCAGAGCAGGAGUCUGGAGUGGCUGAUUGGCCUUCAUCAUGCUGUUAUCACUGUAACUUUCACUGUUUAUGUACCACAUCCUAGUGGUUUCAUCAGAGCAGUCUUUAAGAUGACUUGUAAUGGUGUGGACCUCUCUUUCUCAAGGCCACAUCUCUUCCCCAUGCACAUAUGACAGAGCUAAACAGCUUCCCUCAUAUUUUGAAUCUCCAGUUAGUUUUAGCAUCUUAAUCCCACCCCUACCCCCACAGAAGAAAAGCUGUCAUUCUCUCCCAUCAAGUUAGACUGCUAACACUCAUGACACUAUUCAAACACACGAUUGGUUUCACAACUAUGCCUCUCUCUCUCCCUCCAUGCUAAUGAGCAAGCUGUGAAAAAAUAAUAUUCAGAAGUGUAAAGGGAUUGUGAAUUCUGUGUCAGCUGCUAGGAUGUGAAUAUGUAAAACUCUUUUGUGAUGAGCCAUAGUGAUAGUGUUGCCUACCUGUAAUUUUAAGUGGUACUACUACAGUCAGUGGCUGUGAAAAAUAUUUUUUUAAUAAUACAAUGCAAAAUGAAUUAAUUAUGUAAUGUGGCUCUGUAAUUCAUUUGUAUAUUUUAUAAAGCCUUUUAUAUUUGUA